ACGGCCGCGUCUGUAAUGGUAGUAACUGAACAAAAUUAUAAGGAAUUAUUACAAUCAACAUUAGAUGAUGCUGAAUGUAUAAAUGCAUAUUGUGCUGGUGUAGAUUUUCAAGAGAAACAUAAAAUUGUUUACAUGCUAGUUCGUGAAUUGUGUAUUCAUUCUCAUAAAGAAGCAUUAAUAUUAUAUCCAGUGGUGAAAUCAAUGUUAGAAAAUGGUGCUGAAUUGAUUAAAGAUGCUAUCAAAGAACAUCGAGAAAUCGAAAGACUUUUAUCGAAGCUUGAUAGUUUACAUACGGUCGAACAAUUUACUCAUAAAAUGGAUGAAUUGGUACAUGAAACCUUGGCCAAUGUGUUUAUACAUAUACGUGAAGAAGAAGCGGAAUUAAUACCAAGUUUAAGAAAAGUUAUUGAGGAUGAAUUAGCGGUUAAAUUAGGUCGACAAUUUGAAGCGGCUACAAAACAAGUAUCGAGUAGACCACAUCCAGAUGCACCUAUGGAAGGCGAAGCUGCACUAUUAGCUGAUCGAUUUGAAGCACCAAUGGAUAAAUUAGCUGAUGAAGCUCGAUUUGGCUUUGUUGAUCCAGCCAGUCAUUUGAAUGCAAUAACUGAUGCUUACCAUACUAAACAUUAA